AUGGCUGAAGAGGAGGAAGUCAACCCGAAGGCCUACCCCCUGGCCAAGGAGACCCUGACGGUGACUAUCCUGGAUCUGGUCCAGCAAGCCGCAAAUUACAAGCAGCUGAAGAAGGGUGCCAACGAGGCAACGAAGACCCUGAACCGUGGCACAGCCGAGCUGGUGAUCCUUGCAGCGGAUGCAGAGCCGUUAGAGAUUCUUCUGCACCUGCCAUUGGUCUGCGAAGACAAGAACGUGCCCUACGUCUUCGUGAAGUCCAAGACAGCACUGGGCCGUGCAUGUGGAGUCUCCAGGCCAGUGAUCUCCUGUUCGAUUACGUCCAAGGAAGGUUCCCAGCUCAACACGCAGAUACAGGAUCUGAAGGACCAGAUUGAGAUGAUUCUUGUCUGA